UCCUCUUUCCCCAAAUUAAAAUUAAAAUUAAAAUUUCUGACUCUCCCUCCCCCUCCUGACUGACCCACCACCCAACCCAAGCUUCUUUGCUUUGCUUUGCUACUUCCCAUAUUAAUUAAGUAAUUAAUUAAAUUGUUUUUAAUUCCUGGCACCUCCUCCUUCUUCUUCCUGUUUAUUAAUUAAUUAAUUCCGAUCCUUACUCGUAGUACAGGUACAUAUCUUCCACCAUUUAUACCCCAAGAAGAUUUCCCCUCAUUCCGUUAAAGAAACCAACCGCAGCCGCUGUAUGUAUUUAAUAUGAUAGCCUACAUAGAGCGGUUUGUCCACGACAACGACGUCGAUUCCAUGCCGGAGCCGGAGCAAGAUGGGGAUAUCUCGCCCCUCUUUAAUGGCCUCGACCUCCACGGCGCAGUCGAAUUCGCCGGAAAAGAUUUUGGCGGCGUUCAGUUCUCGAAGCCGUUAGCCGUGGUAAAACCAUACGACCGGGACGACGUGGCCAAGGUAGUGAGGCUGGCGUCGCGGACGCCGCACCUGACUGUUGCCGCCCGCGGCAACGGGCACUCGGUCAACGGGCAGGCCAUGGCCCACCGGGGGCUGGUCCUGGACAUGAAAGCAAUCGAAUUCGAGACCGAGGUGGACACGGAGACGGCGCAGGCGGACGUGAGCGGCGGCGCAUUGUGGGAGGAUGUCCUGAAGCACUGCGUGUUGCGCUACGGGCUUGCCCCCCGGUCCUGGGCGGAUUACUUGGGGCUGACGGUGGGCGGCACGCUCUCCAACGCCGGUGUAAGCGGGCAGGCCUUCCUAUACGGGCCCCAGACCGAAAACGUAACAGAGCUCGAAGUGGUUACCGGAAACGGCGACAUAUUGGUCUGUUCAAAGAAUCAGAAUUCCCAACUGUUCUUCAGCGUUCUUGGCGGGCUCGGACAGUUCGGGAUCAUCACCCGGGCCAGGCUUCUGCUCCAGCCCGCACCCGACAUGGUGAGGUGGAUAAGGGUGGUGUACAGCGAGUUCAGCGAGUUCACUCGGGACGCUGAGUGGCUGGUGACCCGGCCCAUGGGGGAGGACUCGUUCGAUUACGUGGAAGGUUUCGCAUUCGUCAACAGCGACGACCCCGUGAAUGGAUGGCCGUCCGUGCUCUUGGAUCCAGAUCGGCCGUUCGACCCUGCCUGCAUUCCAACCGGGUCGGGGCCCCUGCUCUACUGCCUAGAACUGGCCUUGCAUUACAAGAACGGGGAUCUGCCGUCCACUCUUGACAAGAGGGUUGAUAGAUUGAUUCGGAGGCUGGGAUUCGUGGAGGGACUGAGGUUGGAGGUGGAGGUGGGGUACAUGGAAUUCCUGCUCCGUGUGAAGCGUGCCGAGGAAGAGGCCAAGGCCAGCGGUGUCUGGGACGCCCCACACCCAUGGCUCAAUCUCUUCGUGUCCAAGACCCACAUUGCUGAUUUCGAUCGUCUUGUUUUCAAGAAUAUUUUGAAGCAUGGCGUUGGUGGCCCUAUGCUUGUCUACCCUCUGCUACGUUCCAAGUGGGAUGAUCGGAAAUCUGUGGUGCUUCCCCAAGGUGACAUCUUCUACCUGGUGGGACUGCUGCGAGUGUGCUUCCCUGCGGACGCACAUCCGAAUGGGCUAUCGGUGGAAGAAAUGGUUGCGCAGAAUCAGGAGAUUGUUGAAUGCUGUAUUCAGAAUGGUUUUGACUACAAGCUGUACCUUCCCCACUACACCUCCCUCGAGGGCUGGAAGACCCACUUUGGGAAUCAAUGGCCCAGAUUUCAGGAUCGGAAAACAGCCUUCGAUCCCAUGGCCAUCCUUGCUCCCGGCCACAAAAUCUUUCCAAGAAACUGGCACCAACACCAGCAGACCUCAUGAUAUAUAGAUGCGAUAUGAUAUGAUAUGAUCAAUCAAUCAUUCUUUUAAAUGCUAGCAUCCUCGCCGUA